UUCACAUUCCUAUAAUUUUUAAGACAUAUCAUGAAGAUCCAAGAAUAUUAUUCAUCCUCACUCAAGAUCACAACACUUCUAAUUAUUACAAUAUUUGUUCUUGCUACAUCAACCUCAUCCAAGAGUACCAAGUGCCCCUUUAGCCAUGUUUUCCACCUCGGUGACGGAUUCUCCGACACCGGAAACUCUGUCCGCGUUCUUGCAUCGGGCCCUUCUCUUCCACCGUCGAGGUUGCCUUAUGGUUCGACCUUUCCCGGCACGCCUACCGGCCGUUGGUCUGAUGGCCUUGUUAAUAGCGACUAUGUCGCGCGAGCUCUUGGACUCCCGAAUAUUCGAUCUUAUUUGCCAGUUAAUAACUCCCGGGACAAUGAUGGAGUUAUCCUUUCAGUUGCACGAAGUCCUGUUCUCGAUCUUGAAUUUUUUGAGUCCAGAGGCGUCGAUUUUCCACCUUUCGCGGUUCCAUUGAAAGUUCAACUGCAGUGGAUUCAAUCUUAUCUCGAUUCUGUUUGUUCGAAUUCUACAGAUUGCAUUGCCGAGAUUCUUAAAGAUUCGGUUGUACUAAUCGGAUACGAGGAUGGUAAUGAUAUCGGCUAUCCGUUGAGUCAGGGCAAGUCCAUUCGAGAAGUAGAAACUUACAUACCAUUCAUUACAAAUGCAACGAUAGAAGGCGCAAGAGAGUUGAUCAAAUUGGGCGCAACACGAGUGGUGAUAACAGGUAGCAAUCCGCUCGGAUGCUUCCCAUAUAUCCUCACAGCCUUGGGCAACAGCUCUAGCUUUCUUGAUUACGAUCUUUCAGGAUGUCUAAGAAAUAUUAAUAAUCUCAUUAUAUCCCGAAACAAUGAUCUUAACCUAGCUACCACAAGACUAUCUCUAGAAUUCCCUCGUGCAACUAUCUUAUUCGCCGACAUUUAUGCACCUGUACGAACUAUCAUUAGCACAACGGCUCUAUCAGGCACAAAUCCACUAAAAGCUUGUUGUGGAAUUGGAGGAAAGUACAACUUCGACCCGAAUAGAUUUUGCGCGAGCCCGGGAGUUCCGGUUUGCGCAAAUCCAAAUAGAUCCGUCUCUUGGGAUGGUUUACACCUAACGCAAGAGACUCAAGUACGGAUCACCCGCAUCAUUGCUCCAAUUUUUCUUCCAUUGCUCAAAUGCAAAUUAAUUUGAACAAUCGAAAAAUGAUGAUGAUGUAUGGUGAUAAUAGCUGAGUCUUACGGCACCUCAAGCGAUAUAGUGAUUGCCUAUAUGAGAUGCAAUUAUGUUUUUACGUAAUAAAAGUUAAGUAAUAAAAUUUUCUUAUAUGUAAUACAA